AUGGAAAUCGACUGUGAACAUCAUCAACUAUUGCUUGGACUUAUUCGACAAGUACCAGAGUUAAAUGAAGAUUUACAAUCGUUCCUACAAACGGAAAAAUGGUCUCUAGAUAAACGUCAUGUAUUAAUAAACUUACUUGUUCAGAAAUUAUUGCAUAGUGAUUCACUAUCGUCAGGAGUUUUUGAACAGAUCCGAAAUGUUUUUCCUCGUUAUUUUAUAGCAUUUAUUCAUCGUCUUCAUACAGCAGUGAAUUCUUCAACUAAAAUAAUUAAUCAUACAUCAAUUAAACAAAGGUUUCUUGUUUUGCUUACUCAAAUUCUACAAGAUUAUCCUUCAUUACAUACAAUAACUGAAAAUCAUCUUUUGUUAACGGAUACUUCUUUAAUUGAAUGGAACGGAGAAAGUCCAAAAAAGAAAUUAAAAACAAGAGCGCAUAAUAUCAAUGACAAUGUUUAUUUACUUAUUGCAACACUUCGUUUAUUAUUAUUAGCGAAUUCAAAAAUUCAUUUAAUACAUUCAUGGAAAUGGAAUAUACUGAGUCAUUUAUUAGAACAUAGUAAUGAUGACAAUGUUAAAUGGUUGACAUAUCUUUGCCUAUCCAUUGUAUUCAAUAUGUCUUCUGAUCAACAAGAUUUAUAUCGACCUAAUGUAUCUAAUACAACUAAAUUCAACAUUUAUGAUAUGAUCAAUUCAAAAUCUUCUCUUGUUUCAAAUUUUGUAUCAUCUUAUGAUAAUUUAUUUGCCGAUAAUGAUUUUAAAAAACGAACUGUUUUCAUUGGUGGUAUUCCUUUAUCAAAAUGUACUAUGAAUAAAAAAAGAAAUGAAAAUCAAUCAAUCAAUACAAUAAAAAUAACUUAUACAUCAACAAUAGAUAAAUGCUUACGUGAAAUAGCUUUAAGCAUCACACUAGGUUGGACAACAUUAAUUUAUAGUUCAAUAAGUAAUGGAAAAACAAUGAUUGUUGAACAUAUUGCUGAUCAAGUUGGAAAACGAUUAAUUAAAAUUCAAUGUUCCGAUCAUAUGGAUAGUAAAGUUCUAUUAGGUACAUAUCAAUGUACGGACAAGCCUGGAGAAUUCAUUUGGACACCCGGUUUACUUGUUGAAGCAACAUCUGAAGGCCAUUGGUUAUUAAUGGAAGAUAUUGAUGCUGCCAGUUCCGAUGUGUUAUCAACAAUAAAAAGUUUAAUUGAAACAAAAUCCAUUGGAUAUGGUUCGAUUUCUCCUGAUUUUCGUCUUUUUCUAACACAACGUGAUACAGGUGUACCGGUACAAUCAAAUGAAUUAAUACAUUUAUUAAAAAGUGUAUUUUGUAUUGUGAUACCUUCGUAUAAUGAUUCCGAAAUAAUUCAAAUAAUGGAAAAUCUUCCAAUAUGGAAUAAUGAUUUAAAAUUAUUUCAAAUGAAAUUAUUUCAAUUAUAUCAAUCAUUACAAAAUACAAAAGGAUCAAUACAUACACGUCUGGUUACGUUACGUGAUUUAUUAAAAUGUUGUCAUCGCCUAUCGAGUUUAUCAAUUUCACGUUCAGUGGAUAGACAAUUAGCAUUUUAUGAUGUAUUAGAUUGUUUUGCAUCAUUCUUACCAAAAGCAAAUCGUUUACAAAUCAUUCAAUCCAUUGGAACAUUAUUUAAUAUGAAUAAUCAAGAAGUUGAAUUUUAUUCAUUUAAAUCAAUGCUUGAAUUUGACGAUCUUGAUAAUCACUAUUUCUCUAUCGGACAUAUCAAAUUAGAAAUACAAAAGAAAAAUAAUCAAUCAUUGCAACAACAAUAUUGUUUUGCAAAAACUCGUACAGCUAUGUUUAUACUAGAACGUAUUGCAAGAUGUGUUCAAAUGAAUGAACCUGUUUUACUUUGCGGUGAAACUGGUUGUGGAAAAACAACACUUGUUCAAUAUUUGGCUCAAAAAACCGGAAAUCAUCUUCAUGUAAUCAAUUUGAGUCAACAAAGUGAUGCUGUUGAUUUACUUGGUGGUUAUAAACCAUUUGAUUCCGUGUUAUUAUUAAAACAAAUUUAUCGAGAUUUUUCCAAUGAUCAAACGACCAAUGAAAAUAUUGAACAAGUUGAAAAAUCAAUUCAAUCAAAACGAUACAAAGAAGCAAUCAAACUAAUGAUUAAAUGUACUGAUAAAGAUUCUCCAUUAAGAAUUCAACUUAUUAAAUUACGAGAAUCAUUUAAAUUGAAAAAUAAAUCUGCACUCAUAUUUCGAUUUGUUGAAGGUUCACUUGUUCAAGCAUUAAGAAAUGGCGAUUGGAUUUUAUUAGAUGAAAUUAAUUUAGCUUCAUCAGAAACUCUUCAAUUACUUAGUGGAAUACUUGAAAGUGAACAAGGAACUAUUUGGCUUGCUGAACGAGGUGAUAAACAACCGAUAGUGCGUCAUUCAAAUUUUCGUUUAUUUGGCUGUAUGAAUCCUGCUUCAGACGUUGGUAAACGUGAUAUUCCUAUUGGUAUAAGAAAUAGAUUUACAGAAUUAUUUGUUGAUGAAUGUGAUGAUCGAUCUGAAUUUAUGAUUAUUGUUGAGAAAUAUCUUUGUCAAACCAAUAUACCAAAGGAAUACAUUGAUCGUAUUGUAACAUUCUAUAUUGAUAUUCAAACUAAAGUUAAAAACUUUCUUUUAACAUCAUCAUCAACAUCAAAUAAUCGAAUAUCAAUUACUUACAGUUUAAGAAGUUUAUGUCGUGCAUUAAAAUAUAUUGCAACAACACAAUGGUCGGGAAAAUCAUAUUCUCGAGCUCUAUUUGAAGGUUUUUGUUUAAGUUUUUUUAGUCAAUUAGAUCGAUCAUAUUAUCAUGAUGUUCAAAAACUAAUUCAUCAAAUAAUAUUACAAGACAAGCCAUCAAUUCAAACAUUAUUGAAAUCAACUCAAAUGGUUGUUUCCAAAGAAAAUUCUAAAAAAUAUAUUGAAAUAAAAAAUUAUAUGAUAUUAAAAGGUGAUUUAACACUUCAUCAAAAUGAAAAUUAUAUUUUUACUGAAACAGUUACUGAAAAUUUAAUUAAUAUAAUUCGAGUUCUAUCAGCCAAAUCUUAUCCAGUACUUCUGCAAGGUGAAACAUCUGUUGGUAAAACAUCAUUAAUUAAUUGGUUAGCAUCAGCAACAGGAAAUAAAUGUUUAAGAAUAAAUAACCAUGAACAUACGGAUUUAUCUGAAUAUCUUGGUACGUAUACAUGUUCGUCAACAACUGGACAACUUAUCUUUCAAGAUGGUCCAUUAAUAAAAGCCAUGCGUUAUGGUUGGUGGAUUAUACUCGAUGAAUUAAAUUUAGCAUCAAGCGAUAUAUUGGAAGCAUUAAAUCGUUUAUUAGAUGACAAUAGACAAUUAUAUUUAAGUGAAACAAAUGAAUUAAUUAAUGCACAUGAACGUUUUCAAUUAUUUGCAACACAAAAUCCUGCUGGUGAACAAUAUGCUGGACGUAAACGUUUAUCACGUGCAUUUCGUAAUCGUUUUAUUGAAUUACAUUUUAGUAAUUUACCACAAAAUGAAUUAGAAAUAAUUAUUGAAAAAAAAUGUCAAUUACCUAAAUCAUAUUCUAAACUGUUAAUACAAACUAUGAUUGAUUUACAAAAGUAUCGUUCACAAAAAGGUAUUUUUUCUGGAAAAUCAAGUUUAAUUACAUUGAGAGAUUUAUUUCGUUGGGCACAACGUUAUACAAUGUAUAAAAAUUCGUGUGAUAAUUAUAAACAAUUUUUAGCUGAACAUGGUUAUCUAUUGUUAGCUGGAAGAUCAAGAAAUUCCGAAGAUAGAGAUUUUAUUAAACAAACUAUUGAAAAACAUUUUUGUGAAAAAAAAAUGCUUGUAAACGAAGAGAUUUUAUUCGGAGAUGAAGGUAGUCCUUAUUCAACUAGACAAAUAUGGCAAAAUAUUAAAACAAAUAAUCAAUUAAAACAUAUUGUUUGGACACAACCAUUAAGAAGACUUGCAAUUCUUUGUGCUUUAUGUCUUCAAUUUGACGAACCUGCUUUAUUAGUUGGAGAAACUGGGUGCGGUAAAACCACAAUAUGUGAAAUUUUAUCAGAAAUAAAUAAACAAAAAUUAUUUACAAUAAAUUGUCAUACAACAACUGAAAGUGCUGAUUUUAUUGGAAGUAUUCGUCCCGUUCGUCGCAACGAACAAAAUGUAAAAUUUGAUGAAAAUCAAGGUUUAUUUGAAUGGCAAGAUGGCGCAUUAGUGUGUUCAAUGAAACAAGGUGGAUUUUUUCUUAUUGAUGAAAUUUCGCUAGCUGAUGAUAGUGUUCUUGAACGAUUAAAUAGUGUUCUAGAACCUGAAAAAGAAUUAUUUUUAGCUGAAAAAGGCUAUAGUCAUGAUGAUCAACAUAUUGAUAUUAUAAAAGCACAUGAAAAUUUUCGUUUAAUUGCAACAAUGAAUCCUGGUGGAGACUUUGGAAAAAAAGAGCUUUCGCCAGCAUUACGUAAUCGUUUUACAGAAAUAUGGUGCACACCAAGUGAAUCAAUUCAUGAUUUAUAUUCAAUUAUAAUGCAUAAUUUAAAAUUAAAUGAUGAAAACCAACUAAAAGAAUGUACAACAAUGAUGUGCAAUUUUAUUGAAUAUCUUCGUACAAUGUCAAUAACGAAACGUAUUUUGAUAACUGUUCGUGAUAUUCUUAGUUGGGUAACAUUUAUAAAUCUAAAUUCAAAUAAUUGGGAAUAUUCAUAUGAGCAUGGUGCUUAUUUAGUUUUUAUUGAUGCAUUAGAUUCAUCAUUAACAUUAAAACAAUUGAUAGUUGAGUUUUUAAUCAAACAACAACAACAACAAAAAUCACUUUUAUCUGAAACAAUAAAUAUUAAAUCAAAGUAUUUAUCGUUUGGUUCAUAUUCAAUUCAACGUGGCUCAACAAAUUAUACUGAGAAUGAAGAGUAUAGUUUUAAAGCACCAACAACAUUGUUAAAUGUUCAACGACUUUUACGUGCUAUGCAAUUAAAUAAUAAACCAAUAUUAAUUGAAGGAAAUCCUGGUGUUGGUAAAACAAGUUUAGUUAUUGCAUUAGCAAAAUUAGCUGAUUAUUCGUAUAUUAGAAUUAAUUUAUCAGAACAAACCGAUAUUAGUGAUUUAUUUGGCUCUGAUUUACCUGAUGUUGAAAGUGGACAAGCAGGAAAAUUUAAAUGGCAUGAUGGACCUUUAUUAACAGCCAUUAAAAAUAAUCAAUGGGUUAUUCUUGAUGAACUUAAUUUAGCAAAUCAAUCGGUAUUAGAAGGAUUGAAUGCAUGUUUAGAUCAUCGAGGUGAAAUUUACAUUCCUGAAUUAAAUCGAACAUUUUAUAUUCAUGAUAAAGAUACAUCAAUACCAUUGCGUAUAUUUGCAUGUCAAAAUCCUUAUGGACAAGUUAGUGGGCGAAAAGGUUUACCAAAAUCAUUUUUAAAUCGUUUUACAACCAUUUAUUUUUCUGUACUGGAAAAAAUUGAUUUAAAAAUAAUCUGUCAGCAAUUAUAUGAAAAGAUUCCUGACGAUAUUAUUGAUAGAAUGUUAAAUUUUAAUGAAAAAAUUCAACAAGAAUUUAAUAAUAGUCAAUAUGAUUUUAAUUUACGAGAUUUAUUAAAAUGGUGUGAAAUGUUUGAACAAAAUAAUGAAAACAAAUAUAAAGCUUUUGAUUUAAUCUAUGUUAAACGUAUGAGAACAAAGAAAGAUCAAGAUCUUACUAGACAAAUAUAUCAACAAACAACUGAAUGGAAUAUUGAACCAAUUCAAGUUCAUUUUAAAAUUGAUUCGAAAACAUUGCAGAUUGGUUCAAAGAAAUGGUUACGUGAAUCAAUUCGUCUUCCAACACUAUCAUCUACCCAUCCAAUUCUAUUGAUGCGCCAUCAAUUAGAAAGUAUAUCAUCAAUAUUAGAAUGUUUAUCAUUAUCAUGGCCAAUUCUUCUUGUCGGUCCAUCAUCACGCUCAUCAAAAUCAACAUUAAUUCAUUUACUAUCAUGUUUAUGCGGUCGUCCAUGUCAAACAUUUGAAUUGAAUUCUUCAAUCGAUACAAAUGAAUUAUUAGGAAAUUAUGAACAAUUUAAUUUUCAACAAUAUGCAAGACAUCAUUUAAAUUUAUUAAAACAAGAAUAUAUUAAAAAUAAUCAAAUUAAUUUAUUAAAUGAUUUAAAUAAUGAAAGCAAAGAAAUUACUAUUGAAUAUUUAAAUGAACUGAAACAACAUUUACCAUCGAAUGAAAUCGAUAAAUUAAUAUCAAAAUGUUGCCAAGAACAACAUUUUGUUUGGAUUGAAUCAAUUUUAAUUCGUUCGAUGCGUCAAGGAAAUUGGUUAAUACUUGAAAAUGUUAAUACAUGUUCGUUGAGUGUUUUAGAUCGUUUAAAUUCAUUAUUAGAACCAAAUGGACAACUCAUAUUGAAUGAAGGUGGUGGACAAGGUUCUCUUGUUAAACCACAUAAAGAUUUUCGACUUAUUUUAACAAUGGAUCCUAAACAAGGUAAUGGAGAAAUAUCACGAGCUAUGCGAAAUCGUUGCUGUGAAAUUUAUAUUGAUGAUCAACAACAAUUUAAUUAUUAUGAUUCCAAAGAAUUAAUACAAGUUUGUCAAAUUUAUCAAACACAACAACAAGAAGACUUCAUUCGAAUUCAUCAAAUACUUUGUCAAAAAGUAUCAACAUUUGGUUUCCAUAAUUUAAUUCGAUCAUGUUUACUAUUCAAUGAAUUAACUCAUUCAUCAAAUGAACCAUUUCGAUUGGCAAUAAAAACAGCUUAUCGUACAUUGAACACACGUUUAAAUAAUGAAAUUGAUUUAUUAGUUGAUGAAUUUACUUCGAAUACUGUAUCAUCCAAUUUUAUUAUUUCACCAACACAAAUCAAUGAUUUAUGUUUACAACCAGAAUUAGUACUUUCCAUGAAACAAAAUAUUCCACUUUGGAAUUGUUCAUUAAAAACUGAUAAAAGAAAAUUUCAUUUAUUAUUUUAUCGUUUUAUUGAAAAUAUUUCAUCAUCAUCAUCGUCAUCAAUUGAAUAUGAUUUAUUUUCUUAUAGACAUUCUCAACAAGCAAAUUUAAUUAAUCUUGUUAAAGAAAUGAAUAGUGAUAAUAAUAAUUUUUUAUUAUUAAGAAUAUUAAUUGAACAUGAUUCGAUUUAUAAACAAUUAAAAAAAGUUAUCAAAUCACAGUCUACUGACGAAGAAUUAUUUUUUGAAAAUAGUGAUGGACAAUUUUGGUUAUUAAUGAAACAAUAUUUCAUUCGAGCUUUAUCUUCAUUCGAUUUCAUUAAUAAUGAUGAAUUAUCAUUUUCACACUAUCGUUCAUGGCGUUGGUUUCUAUCGAUAAUUGAAUCUCCAUCGAAUUUAAUAAAUCGUCGCCUUCAUUUAAUAAUCGCAUGGCCUUAUGUGCGUUCACUAUUUUCAAAUUAUAAUGAAAACUCAUUAUUUAUUGAACAAAUAAAACAAAUUGAUGAGCAAUAUAUGUCUAUACAGAAUGAAUUCUUUCAAUUUUAUAAUCAUUAUCAAAAUCAAGCACAUUAUUUGAUAAAAACAAAAUAUGAAUAUGAUUUAUUAUGUCAACGUUAUCAAGUUUUUUAUCAAAUUGAUUUGUUUUCUAAUAAUAAAACAGAGAAAAAUUUAGAAAAAUAUUUACAAUAUUGGUUUCAUUAUGAUAAACAAUUGAUUCGUUGUUUUCAACAAUUAAAUCAAUCUCAGGAAAAUGAUUUAACUAUUCUAAAAGAAAUAGAAACAAGUUGGAAUGAAUUGAAAUAUAGUUCAACUAUAUUCGAUCGUGAUAUAUUAUUUUAUAAUACAUUUGAAUCAAUUCUUAGUUAUCAAUAUCAAUGGAUAAGUUCAUAUUUAAAGCAAAAUUCAUUAAUAUUACCUUUUGUUUCUUUAUCAAUUCCAUUUAAUAAUAAUGAAAAUCCCGAUGAAUAUUUUUGCCAAUUAAUAUCUUAUUCAAUAAAUCCAUCAAUCAACGAAAUUUAUAUUGAAAAAUGGCUUGAACAACCAAAUACAAAAUCAUUGUUAUACUAUUUUAAUAUUCAUUCACUAAAUGUUCCAUUUGGUUUAUAUGAUAAAAUUCGUCAACAAAUUAAUUUUUGGUCAAACUUUUUCUGGUUAAACGGUUCAUUUCUUCAAUGUAAUCGAUCAAAUUUAGAAGAAUUUGUUCGAAAUUGUUUAGAUAAUCCAGAAAAUAAAUUAAAAAAUCUUUCAUUAGAAUUAAUUGAGCAAAGUUUAAAUAAAAUUGAUUUAAUUUAUCCACGUGGUGAAAUCGAUCCGAUUAUUUAUGAACAAAUCAUAAAUGAUUAUAAAUUAAAAUUUCAAUCAGAAAUAAUUUUUGAAUUUAAUUUAAGAGUUGAAUGUCAACAAAAAUAUGAAUAUUCAUUCAAUACUUCAAUUCAUCAAUGGGAAAAACAAAUGAAAAUCAUUAUGAAUCAAUUAGAUAUUGAACAAUAUAAUUAUUAUCGUUUUAAUAAUGAACAAUAUCAAUUAUUAAUGAAUUAUUUAACCAAGCAAUUAAUUAGUAAUUUAUUAAAUAAAAACUUUUUAAUUGAACAAAUUUAUAACAGAAAUGAAAAGAAAAUUUAUCAACAAUGGAGAAAAAAUAUUGUGGAAUUUUAUAAAAACUUCAUUUUAUCAGAUAAAUUUUAUAUUUAUAGAGAUGUUACUAUGCCUUUAAUGAAACAAGUUUUUCAAAUUGUUUUGGCUUUUGAUUAUCAUUUUCAAUCAAAUAAUGAUAAUAACAAAAAGAUUUUUAAUGACUGUCUUUUUCCAAGUGGACUAAAUCAUUAUAAUUUAUUACAUAUUGCACAAGAUUUAUUUCAAAAACGAACAUUUGUUCAGCAAAAUAUGGCAACAGAUCGUUUUAGGCAGUAUUUUAUAUUGAUAAUCGAAUAUUUGGUUGUUUAUAUUCAUAUAAAUCACGAUAGAUCAAAAGAUUUUAAUCAGCUAUUACAUUCAUAUUUGGAAACGGUUCAUUAUCUUUGGUCUGAAGAAGAACGUCAAGUAGAAGAAGAAAAACGUUUAUCCUCAAGUAUUUAUCGUCAUGAAGCAAGUGAACUUGAGAGCGAACAAGAUGAUUACGAAUAUCAACGUUUAUUUCCAUCAUUUGAUUCGGAUUUUAUUGAUUUUCUUGCAUCAAACGAAAAGAUUGAAAAUGAAGAAAUAAAAUCAGUCGAAGAAAAACCAUCAAAAUUAUCAGUGCUUCCAUACUAUCUUAUCUUUGAACAAUUUUCUUCCAUAAUAUAUAAUGAAAAAAUUGCUUUAAACAAUCUUGUCGUACCAUUUUUUAAUAGUUUAUAUGAAUUUGGUGAAGACGAUCGUUUAAUAACUCAUAUGAUACGUUUAUCGAUAAAAUCUAAAGAAACUUUAUCCAAAUAUAUAACAAAUUUAAAUAAGCCAUUUGAUAUUUAUCAAGAUUCAAAAUCUUCAAUGAUAAUUGAAUCAUAUUCAUUGAUUAUUUCAAUUGAGAAACGUACAAAUCAACUUUUAGAAACUCAUGAAAAUCAUCCAACACUGCUUGAAAUUCUUCUUGUUAUUCAACGACUUAAAUCAUUUUCAAUUGAAAGUUCAUUGAUAAAAUUCCUUUAUGGAUUUGAUAUUUUAUUUCAUAAACUAACUUAUUGGCAAGAAACAUAUGCAUCAAAAAGUCUUCAAACGACAUAUACUAAUGAAUUAAAUAUGUUAACAUCAUAUAUAAUAGAAUUUCGUAAAUAUGAAUUUAAUUGUUAUGAACAAAGUUUAUCAAUGAUUGAUUAUAAUCAAAGAAAGUUAACAAUAACAAACUGGUGGUUACAUUUAUUUGGUUUGAUUAAUUCAGAAAAUAGUUUAGUUUUAUUAGAAAAAAAUCUUCAUGAAUUUUUUCAAAAAUCAACACUGGGAGAUUUUCUAAUACGUUUAGAAUUAUGUGAAAUACUUUCGAAAUAUUUUAAUAAUGAUAAUAUAUUAAUAUUAAAUUCAAUAAUUAGUUAUUAUAAACAAUUUCAAGAAUUCAUACAAAAUCAAAUUAAUGCAAUAAGAAAACCAAUUGAAAAUGAAAUAAAAAAAUUUUUUAAAAUUCAACAAUGGAAAGAUACAAAUUAUUAUUCAUUAAAGCAAUCAAUUGAUAAAUCACAUAGAUUUCUAUUUAAAUCAAUUAAAAAAUAUAAACAAUCAUUAUUGGAUUCAAUUCAAAAAUAUUUCCCAACGUAUCAAAUAAAAUUUAAUUAUUUAUUAACGAAAAAUGAAGAUUUUUUUCGUUUAAUUAAUUUAAAAACGAUUUUAGUUGAUAAAAAUAAUUAUCAUAUAUUUACUAAUUAUAUGAAAAAUGAUAGUAAUUUAAUAAAUGAAUAUUCAUCAAAUAUAAAUUUAAUGAAAAUUGGAACCAAUGAUCGUAAAGAAAUAAAACAAUUAUACACAGAAAAACGUCAAUUAAUAACACAAUUAUUUAAAAAAUUAACAACAAUUGGUUUAUCAUUUAAAAAAGGUUUAUUAAAUAUUAAUUCUCAAACAUCAUUUUCAUUAUCAACAAUUGAAAUGAAAUAUUUUGAUAUUGAUUUAAAUAGAAAAACUUAUGGUUUUAUUAAAACUAAAACUAAAAAAUUAAUUAUUGAUAAUCGUUUAAAUGUAUUAGAAAAAUUUUCUUCUAUUUAUCAAGAAACAGAUUUUAAUUAUUACAAAACAAUUUAUCAACAUAAUCAAUUACGUUUAUUAGUACAAAUAAAUAAAGUAGAUCCAAUUAUUUUUCAACGUAUUCAAGGAUUUUUGGAACAUUUAAUUAAAAUUAUAUUUCAACAAAAAAGUCUUUUACAUUCAUUUAUUGAGCAAUAUCAACAAUUUUCAAAGUUAUUCUCAAUUUAUUCAAAACGAAAUUUUCAAUAUUCAUUAAAUAAUAAUCAUUCUAUUGAUCAACUGUAUCAUUUUACAAUUUCAUUAGUUGAACGUAUUUAUUCAUUUUUAUUAAUUAUUCGAUCAAUUCCAUCAAAUUCUAUUGAGCAAAUUCCAAUUAUUGAUCAAAAACCAAAUUAUAUUCAAUUAUUAAAUUCAAAUGAUUUUAUUGAUUUAUUAGAAAAAUUUCUAGAACGUUUGAAUUUAUUAAUUGAGACAUUAAACAAGUUUUAUGAUCAUAUCAUUGAUUAUCAUCCAGUGUUAAAAGAAAUUUUUUCUUUACAUUCAGAAAUAUGUUUAACUAAACAACAAAUUCAAAAUGUUAUUCAAAAAUUAUUUAUCGAUGAAAAUAUUUUUCCUAAUGAUCAAUUUAUUGGACAGUUGGCAAAGAAUUUUAUUGAUGUUUAUGAACAAUUUUCUCAAAUCAAUCUUAUAAAUCAAGAUAAAGAAGCAACUCCAUCGUUCAAUUCUAAACCGUUAAAACGUUAUAAAAAUCGUUUAAUUACUGGUCUCAAUAAUUUACAUUCGAAUACUCCAACAGUUGAUUCUUCAUCAUCAAUGUGGCUUGUUCACUACUAUAAUUAUUUUAAUAAUCAUAUAAAUCAAUUAGAUCUUUUGCAUUUAACAAAAAUAAUUUCAAAAACAAUAACUCCUAAAUCAAUCGUAUUCUUUAACGAAAUACAUUUAUUAAGUGAACAAAUACUAUAUCGUUUUAUAUAUUAUCACCAUUGUACGUUACAAAUCUAUUUAUCAUUAAGUAAUACAUUUUUAACUUUACUACGUGAUGGCUUUCAAAUGCCGCCAGAAGAAACAGAACAAGAUACAAAUAAUCAAGAACAAAAGAGUGAAGGCGGACCAUCAGGAAUGGGUGAAGGACAAAUUAAUAAAGAUGCAAAAGAUGUUUCGGAUCAAAUUGAAACCGAAGAUCAAUUAGAUGAAGCAAAAAUGCCUGGACAAGAAGAACAAGAUAAUGAGAAAAACUCAGAUGAACAACAAAGUGUUGAUGAUGAAAAAAAUGGCAUUGACGUUUCAUUUGAUUUUGAAGCACUCAUGGAAAAUCCAUCGAAUGAAGACAAAGAAGAAAAUGAUGAAGAAGAUGAGAAUGAAAGUGAAUCAAAUGAUGAUAAUAUCGAUGAUCAAAUGGGGGAUGUUAAUGAAGAUGACCAAGGAGAAAUAUUUGAUGAGAAAAAAUGGGGUGAUGAGAAAAACAAAGACGAAGAAGAAGAAGAAGAAGAUCAAAAUAAACCAAAUGAAACUGAUAAAUCAUCUGGUAAAGACAAACGACAACGGGAUGGCCUAUCUGCGAAAGAUGAACAAUUAGAUUUGGCUGAAGAAUCAAUUGAUGAAAAUCUUGAAGCAAAUGAUAAUACUUAUGAAGAUCAACCACCAGAAACAGCAAAAACUGAUUUAAAUUCUGAAGAAGAAAUGUUAGAACUUCCAGAAAAUAUGGAUUUAGAUGGUAAUGAUGAAAAAGAAGAAAACAUCGAAGAAAAUCCAAAUGAUUUAAAUUUACCUGAAGAUGAAGAUAUUAAUUUACCGAACGAAGAAAGUAAAGAUAGCAAUGAUGAACCGGAAGGCGAUGACGAAAAUAAUAAUUUGAAAACAAAUCAGAUAACUGAAUUGCCAGAAAAUCUUCCUGAUCAAGAGCAAGAAAAACUUGAACAAUCAGCUUUAACUCAAGAUAAAAGUUCAACUGCUGAUUCAAAAAAUCAACCAAAUGAGUGUCAACAAAGCUUUGCAAAUGCCGAAACAUUUGAAGAAGAAAAAGAAAAAGAUCGAAAAGAAAAUGUUGGUGAGUCGUCAUCAAAACAAACCUCUCAAACUCAACAGAUAUCUUCGAAUCAAGAAAAUCAAUUAACACAAGAAUUAAAUGAUGAUCUUAAAUCAGAUAAUAUAAAUAAAUCAUCAAAUCAAUCAAAUGAACAACGAACAUUAAGUGAAAUAGCAUCGUUUAUUGAUCAAAAUAUAAAAGCAGCAUUUGAUCUUGAACAAACUGAAGAUAAUAAUAAUCCUGACGAUGAUUUACCUAGUCUAGAGCAAAAUUCAAAUGAGAAACAAACACAAAUCUAUGCACAUGCUAAAAAUAUUCCAAAACAUUUCCCUGAACAAAAACAAAUUCUUGAUUCAGCAACAGAAGAACAAACAAAAAAUCUUAAUGAAAAAGAUGAUCUUGAAACAAAACAAGUCGAACCAAUGAUUAUUGAUAAUCAACAAGAGGACGAAAAGGAACAAGGUAAACCAUCAACUUUACAAAAAGAGCCAAUACAAAAACCAAAAUCUUCAUCUAUUCAUGAUCAACCAUUAUUAACAUCAGAAACCAAUGAAAAUAAUGAAAUGAUUUCAAUUGAAAAGCCCUAUAUAUCGACAACAACAGUUGAACAUCAAUUUAAUUAUCUAUCGAAUGUUAAACCUUUAACAAAUAGUUUAACUGAACAAAUUGAAUAUCAAUUAGAAGAAUGGUAUACGAAUAUAAAUGAAAAAUCAAAUGAUUCAAAAGAAGCUGAACAACUUUGGACGCAGUUAGAAAAUUUAACACAACCAUAUGUUUUCGAAUUAUGUGAACAACUUCGUCUUUUACUUGAACCAACGCAAAGAUCGAAAUAUUCUGGAGAUUAUAGGACUGGAAAACGUUUAAAUAUGAAACGUAUUAUUUCAUAUAUAGCGUCAGAUUUUCGUAAAGAUCGAAUUUGGUUAAGACGUUCCAAACCAUCAAAAAGACAAUAUCAAUUAAUAUUAGCUAUUGAUGAUAGUCAAUCGAUGGAUAAUUUACAAGUUAAACGUUUAGCGUUAGAAUCAUUAAUUUUACUUGGACAAACAUUGAAUUUAUUAGAUGUUGGACAGUUUGGCAUUGUUUCAUUUGGGCAAUAUAUUACAAUGUUACAACCAUUAAGUCAAAACUUUAAUCAUCAAAAUGGUAUUCAAGUACUUGAACGAUUAAAAUUUGAUCAAACUAAAACGCUUUUAGCUGAUUUGAUGGAAUCAGUAACACAUACAUUUGAUAAAGAAAAACUUCAAACAUCAAAUCCUUUAUCACAAUUAUUAAUAAUUUUAUCCGAUGGUCGUGGUUUAACUGUAUCGGGUAAAGAUCGUUUAUUAAAAAGUGUUCGCCAUGCAAUGUCACAAAAUAUUUUCGUUGUGUUUGUUAUUCUUGAUAAUAUAAAUCAUGAAAAAUCAUCAUCGAUUUUUCAAAUCAAUGAAGCUGUGUUUGUUGGUGAUAAGGUUGAAUUUCGUUCAUACUUAGAUAGUUUUCCGUUUCCAUAUUACUUAGUAAUACAAAAUUUGGAAAUGUUACCACGUGCUUUAAUUGAUGUAUUAAGACAAUUUCUGGAAUUAACUACAACCAAUAACAACAGUAACCAGUGA